AACCUGCGGGAGUGAAUUACCGGGGGACAGAGAUAUGGCAGCUCUACUGAGACCGGCUCGCUGGCUCCUCCGUAACGGGGCCGGGUUCGCCCCGCUCCUCCCGCUCCCCCUGCGCCACCUCACGGGCAGGGCGGGCCUCCCGCGUGCUGCCGCCGCCACCCUAGCGUGCCCCAGGUCUCUUGCUAGCAGACCGCUGAUCAAUGAAGCCAGCUUGUAUUCCACUGUGGCUCAGAAAAAGAGUGAUCACCACGAAGAAUCUAUUUCCACGUACAAAAAACAGAUAGACCAGUUUGAUUGGGCAUUGACAAGGCUAGAUAAUUCUGUCCGAAGAACCGGGCGUAUCACUAAAACCCUUCUACAGAACAUUUUUCAUGACAUAUGCAGAUCAGGAAAUCCAAGUAGUAACCUGGCUUUGCUUUUGCUGCGUAGCUGCGGCUCUCUAUUACCGGAACUAAAACCUUCAGAACGAACAGAAUUUGUCCACAGGAUAUGGGACAAACUACAACAGUUGGGUAUGACAUAUGAUAUAAGUCACUACAAUGCUUUACUUAAAGUGUAUCUUCAGAAUGAACAUCAAUUCUCACCAACUGAUUUUUUGGCAAAAAUGGAGGAAGCAAAUAUUCAGCCCAAUCGAGUUACAUACCAGAGGCUGAUCGCUGCUUAUUGUAAUAAAGGAGAUAUUGAAGGUGCCAGCAAGAUUCUUGGAUUUAUGAAGACAAAGGAUCUUCCAGUCACCGAAAUAGUAUUCAGUACCCUUGUUACAGGGCAUGCAAGAUCUGGGGAUAUGCAAAAUGCAGAAAACAUUCUUUCAGUGAUGAGAGAAGCAGGGAUUGAGCCUGGUCCAGAUACUUAUUUGGCAUUAUUGAAUGCGUAUGCUGAGAAAGGCGACAUUGAUCAUGUUAAACAGACUUUGGAAAUGAUGGACAAGACUGAUAACUACCUUAUGGACAGAGACUUAAUGCAAAUUGUCUUUAGCUUCAGCAAGGCUGGUUAUCCUCAGUACGUCUCCGAAAUUUUGGAACGCAUGAAAUAUGAAAGAAGAUAUAUUCCAGAUGUGAUGAACCUCUGUCUGAGUUUAGUGACGGAAAGAUUGGAAGAUGUAGCAAUGCAAAUUUUAGUGUCAUGUCCGAAAUCACUCCUGGAGAACGCUCAAGAAAAUGCUUCUAACCUAAACAACUUUGGCAAUUUUUUUUUACAACAUUGUGUCUCCAUGAAUACGCCCUUCAACAAGUUGGAAGAAUUUUGUGAAAAGUUAAAAGAAGAGAAGCUGCAUGUUGCCCCUUUACAGUUCACAUUGUACUGUGCUCUGAAAGCCAAGAAAACUGCUUUGGCAACUGACCUCAUGAAGGCAAUGAAGGAACAGCAAGCUCCUAUCAGACCACACUAUUUUUGGCCAUUGCUAACUGGACAUCAAAAAGACAAAAAUAUUCAAGGCAUAAUUGAAGUUGUCAAAAGAAUGCAUGAGUUGGGAGUAAAUCCUGAUGCUGAAACAUAUGGGAAUUAUAUCUUUCCCGCUUUUGAUAGUAUACAAUCAGCACGUACUGUACUACAGGAAAAUGGGUGUCCAGUUAAUGACGACAUAUUGCUUCUAGCUGAAUUGAGGAAUGAAGCAGUAAAUGGAAACCUUGAACAUGUCUUAUCAUUAUUGGUAUCAUCUAAAUCGUCUAUAGAUUUGAAUUCUUUUAGAGGCAGUCUGGUUUUAGGCUUUAGGAGGUCUGAUGAUAUCAAUCUUUGGAGUAAGAUAACAGAACAGUUGUACACGGAUGGACGUUAUUGCCAGGCACCUCCAGGACCAACUGAAGCUGUUGGCUAUUUUCUUUAUAACUUGAUUGACAGCAUGAGUGACUCAGAGGUACAGGCCAAGGAGGAGCAUUUGAGACAAUACUUCCAUCAGCUGAAGAAGAUGAAUAUAGCAAUUCCUGAAAGCAUCUACAAAGGGAUUCGUAAUCGCCUGAACAACCAUCAUGUUCCUGAAUUAAUUAAGGAUGUGGCCCUGUUGGUUGACAGACAAACUUCAGGCUCUUCAAAAAUUUUAGUGGAAAACUCAUCUGACUUGGAACAGAAACUUGAAAAUUUGAAAGCUGAAAACCGACCUAUAGGAGAUGUCCUAAAGCAACUUAUACUAAUACUAUGUUCAGAAGAGAAUAUGCAGAAAGCUCUUGAAAUAAAAACAAAAUAUGAAUCUGACAUGGUUGUCGGUGGUUAUGCAGCUUUAAUAAGUCUGUGCUGUCGACACGAUAAUGCAGAAGAAGCAGUGAACCUGAAACAGCAAGUAGAACGAAUCGAUUCUUUGGUUACUCUCGACCCGGGCAAGUAUAUAGGCCUUGUGAAAGUCUUGGUGAAGCAUGGCCGACUCCAAGAUGCUAUUAACAUUCUAAAGGAGAUAAAAGAGAAGGAUGUUCUUCUCAAAGACAGAACAGCCUUUUUCCACAUCCUAAAUGAGGCAGCCUUCCUAGGAGAAGUUGAAACAGUUAAGCAGUUACAUGACGCCAUCAUGACCCUGGGGUUAGCAAAACCAAGCAUCAGUCUAUGUUCCCCUUUGGUUACUCUUCACCUUGAAAAGGAUGAUAUACCUGCAGCUCUUGAAGCCGCUGUUGACUGCUAUAAGAAAUAUGGCGUAAUGCCCAGGAUCCAUGAGGUCUUAUGUAAACUGAUAGAAAAAGGAGAAACUGAUCUAAUUCAAAAAGCUAUGGACUUUGUGAGCCAAGAGCAAGGGGAAAUGACAAUGCUGUAUGAUCUCUUCUUUGCCUUCAUGCAGACAGGAAAUUACAAAGAGGCCAAGAAGAUCAUUGAGACUCCUGGCAUUAGAGCUCGUCCUGGGAAACUUCAAUGGUUUUGUGAAAGAUGUAUUUCAAAUAACCAGGUUGAAAUUCUGGAGAAAUUGGUCGAUUUGACACAGAAACUAUUUGAAUGUGACAGAGACCAAAUGUACUACAAUCUUUUAACACUCUGCAAGGAAAAUAAUGACUGGCAGAGAGCUGAUGCUGUUUGGAAUAAAAUGCAAGAAGAAAAUAUUAUUCCUCGUCAGAAGACAUUGAAGUUGUUGGGUGAAAUCCUCAGAAAUAACAAUCAGGACGUUCCAUUUGAUAUGCCCACGUUGUGGUAUGAUGACCCACUUGAACCUGAUCCUCACCACAGCGCUCUCCCCCUGCCCCCAGAAGCAGUCUUAAAGAAAGAGCUUAUGAGUGCAUGCCAGAAGAAGAAAAGCGAAGAUGCAUAUGCUAUUUUUCUGGAGGCACAGAAGAAAAAUGUUGUGUUUUCUGCACUUGCUUAUUCCACAGUCAUAAAAUUAUUGUUGGCUUCUGGUAGUCUUGAUGAAGCUUUGAAUGUGAAAAACAUUGCUGAGACCCACAUCAAGGGCUUCACACUGAACGAUGCUGCCAACAGCCUCCUCAUCAUAACGCAAGUUAGGCGGGAUUAUUUGAAAGAUGCUUUGACUACGUUAAAGACAGCCUUAGAUUCUCAUCAGGUACCUUCUUCACUCUCGGUUACUCGCCUUGUUCAGGCUUUUGCUUCAAAGGGUGAUAAAGAAAGUAUACAAGUAAUCGAAAAGAUGGUAGAUGGCCUUCAAGAUUCAAUUCAUCUUUCUCGCAUGCUUUUUAUCAAUAAUAAUGCCUUUGCAGAAAUAAAGAACAACAACCCAGAUGCCGCAGUCAAAUUUCUUGAGGCUUUAUUUACUUCUGGGCCUCUGGACACUGAUAAGCAGCAGUCGAGUAUUGCCUACGUGUUCAGAAAAGUACUAGAAGAGAAGUUGGAACCAGCUACUGAGAAAUUGAGUAUCAUGGCAGAGAGACUGGCCAAUCAAUUUGCAAUUUACAGGCCCGUCACGGAUCUGUUUCUCGAGUACAUGUAUUCAGGCAGGGUGGAUGAUGCAAAAGCUCUACUGCAGAGGUGUGGUGCAAUAGCUGAACAAACUCCAGUCCUUUUGGGAUUUUUUUUUAAGAACUCUAAGAUCCAAGGACAGACACAUAUUCUGAAAUCCUUAUUAGAAGUGAUUCCUGAGUUAACUGCACAUCUUCAAGUCUACAGUUUCCUCAUGAGAAGCUAUGGAUUGGACAGAGAUGUAGUUUCUGCAAGAGCCCUAUAUGAGGAAAUGAAAGCAAAGAAUAUAGAAAUGAACAAUGUAUUUCUAAAACAGUAUGCUACUUUGUUGAAGGAUGCUGGUGAGCCUGUCCCUUUCACCGAACCCCCUGAAAGCUUCAAAUUCUACCUAGAGCAGUUGAAGAAAGAAGAGGUACAAGCUCCUUCAUGAGGUGGUGGGAUUACGCAUUGCUGAGCUUUUAUUAAUUCUGUGAUGGAAACAUUGUUUUAAAAUGUGUUUGUCAGGGAAAAAAAUGGGAAACUAAUUUUGUUUAUGUACUUUUAUUUACUGAAUCUACCAUGGGUUCAAUACGUGUCAAUUGUAUUAAUAAUAAAUUCAACAUGUUUAACUCCA